AUGCAGGUCGCCAAGUCGGCGCGGGAGCGAGGGAACGAGAUGGCGAGAAGGAGAAGACACGAGGAGGCGCUGCUAGAGCUAGAGCUAGAGCUAGAGCUAGAGCUAGAGCUAGAGCUAGAGCUAGAGCUAGAGCUAGAGCUAGAGCUAGCGCUAGCGCUAGAGCUAGAGCUAGAGCUAGAGCUAGAGCUAGAGCUAGAGCUAGAGCUAGAGCUAGAGCUAGCGCUAGCGCUAGCGCUAGAGCUAGAGCUAGAGCUAGAGCUAGAGCUAGAGCUAGAGCUAGAGCUAGAGCUAGAGCUAGAGCUAGAGCUUAUAGAAUCGGAGCUAGAGCUAGAGCUAGCGCUAGUGCUAGUGCUAGAGCUGGAUGUGGGGCAAGUUUCAAGAGGCUCUGGCCUCGUGCUCGACUGUGAUCCAGUCCAACUCGUCCUGUGUGAAGGCAUGACCAGGACCUCUAGAUCCUCUCACUUGCUCUUGAAGGCUCAUCAGCAACUCGGGUCCCUACGGGAGGCAAUGGAAGACUACAGGUAUGCUGGUCGUGGUGGUGGUGGUGGUGGAGGAGGAGCGCUAACUGAGGGUGGAAACAGGAUGGUGGAAGGAGCAAGAGAAUGUGCGAGGCUGCUGGAGGAGAGGAGGGAGAAGGAAGCGGGAGGCACAGACAAGCUGCGGGAGCUGGUGAAGCUGCUCGAGCUGCUAGACGGCAAGGCAGAAGACGACGAAGAGAACCUGCGCCGGCUGAGGAGAAUAACCUGUGUGGGAGAUGACUGUGAUGACGUCAUCAAGAAGCUUAUCAGCAAUCGCGAACUACUGCAGCAACAGCAGGGAGCUGCUGCCGUCGCAGCUGUGCUCGAUGAAGCUUGUCUUGCCCCAUCCCUCGCCGUCCUCGCAGAUUUCCCAACAGCAGCUCGCGCUAUGGCUCUCGCCUCCUCCCUCUCCUCUCAGUCGUCGCCUCCUCCUUUCCUCCGCAGCCCUUCGAGCGUGCAACUGAUCGUUGACGCCAUGGUCAAGACAAGCAAGAGCAUGCGGCACGAGGAGGAAGCGAACGAGGACGCCAAGUCUCUGGCUGUCGCUGCCAUGGAUUGGUUCGUCAAGCUCGCGUUGCCCACCGACGCUCUAGCUCGAGAUUUCGUGCGCCUCUUCUUGCGGACGAAGGGGAUGGAGUGUAUGCAGGAGUUUGCGGGUAGGAGGGAGGAGGAGCUGCAGGCGAGGAGCCUGGCAGUCUUCAAGACUUGUGUGGAUCUGAUAGGAGACGAGGAGAGCAAGAGCUUGUUCCUCGACCGCGCCCUCCCUCCUCUCAAGCAAGUUAUCCUCUCGCCUUCCCCUCCUUCUCAGCUCGCCAACUCUCUCUCCAGCCUCGCCCUCCUCGCCCAGAGUGACAAGAAUCUCGCUGUGCAACUUACAAGAAGCAGCGCUCUCCUCGAGGCAGUCAUAGCCAAGUUCUCCUCUCCUCCAAAUGUUCGGGUGGCUGCUGCUGAGCUACUCAGCGCUUUCAUGGUCGGUUCGGACUCGCUCGCUCGACUGCUUCACGCGGGCUCCCUCUCUCCUCUUCUCCUCCUCGCCACCGAUCCGCAGGAAGAAGUUCGAGCCGCCGCCGCCAUCGCCCUCGCGAAGAUGGCCGCACUGAGCGAGGAGGCACGUGAGAUAAUCGUUGAAGAGGGAGGAGGAGAUCUCUUCUUGGAGCUUCUCCGUUCGGAAAAGAUUUCAGUAAAGGUGAGCUACGGCCUGAGCUUGUGCUUGAGAAACGCGACGAUGCGGCAAGUGAUUGACCAGGACGAGGAGCAGGAGAUGAUGCAGCGACUUAGGAUGAUGGCAGAGCCGGACGAGGAGGGACGGGCGAGAAGAGCAGAGGAGGUGGAGAAGCAGAUGGAGGACAUCAAGAAGCAGAGAGCCGAAGUCGAGGAACGGACUGCAGCAUUUCGAGAACGAUUUGUACGAGCGAGGGGGACGAGGGUCAUGGGAGAGCUCGCAAGAAAAGAGUCGCUAGGAGUCCAUCAUCUCCUCUCUCACGUCUUCCUCGCCCUCUCCCUUAACCCCUCCACUCGCGGUAUCAUGGUCCAGCAACAGCUCGUCCCCUCCCCCUCCUCUCUUCGCUUAUCGCCCGCUAGGACGGUGCCAUGA